GACGCAUUAUCAGCCAAUCAGUGCAGACUCAGUUUCUGAUAGACAGCUUGACUAGCGAAUCAGUAGUGCUCGUUUUAAGGGCGUGUCUUAGUGUUCAGGAAAUGGUUUCCAAGUGUUCUGCAUGAUAAGAGAGGAGGAUGGAUGCCACUCAGCAGAUCGACGAUCCCUUCUCUGAAGAAGAAGAACAGGAAGAGGAGGAGAAAGGAGGACCAGAAAGAGAACAGUUAGCAACACUAAAGGUGUUCAAAAAUGACCACAUACCAGAGACAGAAUUCCCUCUCUACAUCGGAGAGAAUGUCAUUGGUCGUGAUCCUGCUGCCUGUUCUGUUCUGUUUCCGGCCCGAUCUGUAUCCAGUCGGCAUGCUGUCAUCUCCAUCUCAGUGUUCCGCUCCAGCAACGAUCGUUUCGGUAACGGUGAUGAUGUGGAAGCACUUUUAUGGGACAUGGGGAGUUUGAAUGGAACCAGAAAAGGCAGAUUCAAGCUGACGCCUAAGGUCCGAUACGCAUUGACCGAGGGAGAGAGUGUGGUGCUCGCUGAUGUGCCAUGUCAGUACACUGGCCUGAAGAUCUCAAAGAAAGAUACAUGCAUAACUCCAGAGAAAGGAGGUGUGUCCAAAAAGGAGAAAAAAUUAAGUCCAGCGUUAUCAAGCAGUGACUCGGAGUCAGAGUUGAGUAAAGGGGUGCGGAAUAGGUUGAAUGUGAAAGAGAGGAGCGUUUUGCCUCCUGUGCCUUUAUGGAGCCCUGAGGAUGAACAACCCAAAAUGAGUUCACCACAGUCAGCUCACAAACAGCCGGAGAUCACCCUGGUGCCUGAAUCAGACUCAGAUGGAGAGAGUGCCCCAGAUGAGCGGAAAGAUUUUGUUUCCGACUCAGCGUCUUCCUCUCAUCUGUGUAGCUCCACAAAUUCAUCAUUCCUGACCCCUGCAAAAAAAGUCAUUCCAGAGAGUGAGGAUGAAAGUUCCAUCACUCCAUCUUCAGCCUCCAUAGACCGGUUCAGACUGAGGCAAACCCCUGAUGAGCCUUGUUCAAAGUCAUCUAAGCCUGGUCCUCUAGUCCUAAAUCUGGACAGUGAUGUUGAUUUUGAAGAAAAGGACAUGGAAAAAAGCAAGUCUGAAGCAGAGGCUCAGCCUGAAUUAGCUGCAAAGGUGGAACCAGUAUCUUCAGCUGAAUUUCAUAUGGACAGUGAUACUGAUGUUGAGGAAGAGGAACCGGAGACAAGUAAGGCUGAACCACAGGCUCAAGAAGCAGUAAGUCUAGAACAAUCUAUAUCUUCAGUUGGACUUCAUAUGGAGACUGAUACCGAUGUUGAAGAAGAGGAAGAGAAAAAUCAAACCGAAACAGAGGCUCAGAUUGAACAAGCUCCAAAGGUGGGUCCAGCAUCUUCAGCUGAUCUUCAUAUGGACAGUGAUACUGAUGUUGAGGAAGAGGAACCAGAAGCAAGUAAGGCUGAACCACAGGCUCAAGAAGCAGAAACUCUUGAUAAAUCUGUCUCUUCUGUUGGACUUCCUAUGGACAGUGAUACUGAUGUUGAAGAAGAUGAGGAAGAGAAAAGCAAGACUGAACCAAAGGUUUACACUGAAGAAGCUCCAAAGGUGAAAUCAGAUCUUCAUAUGGACAGUGAUACUGAUGUUGAGGAGAGUGAGGCUUCUAUAACUGAAAAUGUCUCCAAAAAGGAAGCAGUCACAGAAAGUCCUCCAUUAGCAGCACCACCACAUACAGAAUUCCACAUGGACAGUGACACUGAUGUUGAAGAUGAUAAUCCCAUGAAGGUUCCUAUUGCAAAAGAGGUCUCACAUCCCAUUGGAGAGGGAAGUGAUGUCAGGCCUACAUCAGCUCCAGGGACAGAGCUCCACAUGGACAGUGACACAGAUGUAGAUGAAGAGAAUGAGGACAAGGAAAAGGAAAAGGUAAAGGCCAGAGGUCUUCUGUCAACCAGUGAAACAGAUGAUGAGGAUCCUUUUAAACAUUUACCAGGCAAAUCUGUGAAGGCCGCACAGAGUCACAAGGUUUCUGUAGAUAGCAAAACAGAGCAAUCAGAAGAGAGCACCCGUAAAAAGCAAGACCAUCAUUCUCAAGCAAAGACUAAUCUUGAAGAACCAACCCAAGCUUUUGGCCACUUAGAAGAAGAGUGGGACUUACUGCCCACACAAGCAUACGGAACUGCUGGAACCAGUGCUAGGCUCAAGCCAAAGCAGUUUGAUCUUGAGGCUACACAGGCUUAUGGAACAGAGACAGACAUGGAGGAAGAGCAGGAGCCUCUGAACCAUACCCAACCCUACUCCAACCUCUCAACUGCUGAAACUCAGCUCAUCCCAGUAGCAAAGCCUGAUGAUGACAAGGAGGAGGAAGAUAAAGAGAUACAAAAUGACUCUCACCUUUCCACAGCAGACACUCUGAUCAUAGCCAGCACCCCAAAACGGGAGGAGCAGACGCAGCCAUUUUCUCUCUUCACAGCCCAAACACAACUUGGCUGGGGGGGAGAAGACAAAGAGUUUUAUCAGAAUGAGCCCACCCAGCUCAUGACUGACACCAUUGAAGAAACGGAAGAGGGUGAGGAGGAGAACAUGAAACGAGGUAGGAGAUCCCGUGGUGGAGGGACAGUACACAAAGGUAAAAACACCAGCUCCUGUUUUGUAAUUGCUGAAACUCAGCCCAUGUGUGAGGAAGAAGAGGCAACAGAUGCAGAUCUGAGUGGGGAUGGAUUUCAGAAACCAAGUACAAGACAACAGGCUGAUAAAUAUGAUUCUGCACAUCUUGUUGAAAACAACUUCAGCUCCUAUCUCACUAUAGCUGAAACGCAACCAAUGUGUGAUAAUGAAGACGCACCAGAUCAGGACUAUGUGGUCAGCAGUAGUCAUAGAGAAAAACCUUCCAGUGCCCAUAUUACCAUCGCAGAAACACAGCCAAUGUUUGAGGAAGAGGAAGCACCAGAGGAUAAUCUGAACAAUGAGGUCAGCAGAAGACAAACCGAAAGUGAGCCUGUGCAUCAGAUUGAAAAAGCCUCUAAUCAUGCCAUCCCUGAAACACAGUCUGUUGGUGAAGACGAUGAGGGACAAGAGAAAGCGCUCAGCAGCAAGAUGUCCAACAGAAGAUCACGCAGGUGUGGACCAAAAAAAGAGAAGGAAGUCCCACGACCUGCCGAGGCUGUUGUUGAUCACACUAUAACAGAAACACAACCAAUGUGUGAGGAAGAACAAACUGAGGAUCUAAAAAGUGAAGUCAGCUCUGGGAGACAGAGUAAAAGACAACAAGCACAUGAAUUAAAAUCUCCAGAACUUGCUGAAACAGACCUGAAAGCAUGUGUCACUAUUGCUGAAACGCAACCUAUGUGUGAAGAAGAGGCACAAUGUGAAGAUCUGAUUAAUGCGCUUAGCCCCAGACAGAUAGAUGAAGACAGAUCCACAGAACUCCCAAUACCCUCAAGCUCCCAUGUCAGCAUAGAUGAAACACAGCCUAUGUAUGAGGACGAUGAAGGACAGGAAAAAGACCUCAGCAGCAAGAUGGCAAGCAGAAGUUCACGCAGGGGAAGACCAAAGAAAGACGACGAGGUAACACAAACUGCUGAGGCUGCUGUUCAUCAGACUAUCACAGAAACCCAGCCAGUUCCUGAAGAAGUGAUCGAAAGGGAUGAAGAUCUGAACAGCGGAGUGAAAUCCAGGAGAUCCCGCAGAGGAAGGCAGGUAAAAGAGGACAACGUUCCACAACCUGCUGAAGCUGCCGUCAGCUCCGUUUCCAUUAACACAGAAACGCAGCCUGUUCAUGAGGAUAGAACUGAAAGGGAUGAAGAUCUGAGUGGCAUCAGAUCCAAAAGACCCCGCAGAGGAACACAAAAAGAUCAAGGUGAACCUGCACAGUCUGCUGAACCAAACUCUAAUCUCAGUGUUGCUGAAACACAGCCCAUGGACGAGGAAAACGCCCAAGAAGAACCUAGUGCCAGAAGUAGCAGAAGACAGAAGAAAGAUAAGACAGAGGUGGAGAAGGAGAACACCCAAGAAGAACCUAGUGCCAGAAGUAGCAGAAGACAGAAGAAAGAUAAGACAGAGGUGGAGAAGGAGAACACCCAAGAAGAACCUAGUGCCAGAAGUAGCAGAAGACAGAAGAAAGAUAAGACAGAGGUGGAGAGUGAGACAACUGUAUCUAGCAAAGUCCAAGGUAAAACUAGAAAAGGGCAGGAAGGAAAAAGAAAGCGGGGGAAAGCAUUGUCUGAGGACGAGGAAGAGAGUGAUGAAGAAAAAACCACAAGGAGAGGAACCAGACGGACAGGUAUGAAACUGAAGUGUAGUGAAAAGGAAGAAGAGGAAAAAUUGGAGGAGAAGAAUACCCAAGAAGAGAAGGAGAGGAUGGAGAAAGAGCUCCAAGAACGAGAGAAGACAGAGAGGUUAGAGAUGGAAGAAAAGGAGAGACUGGAGUAUGAGAGAAAGAAACAAGAAGAACAUGAACAGAGAAAGAGGGCAGAAACCGAAAUGAGACAAAAACUAGAAAGAGAGCAGAAGGAAUUAGAGGAAAAAGAACAACUGAAAAGGGAAGAGGAAAAAAUGAGAAAAGAAAAGGAGAGAAUUCAGCAGGAAAAAGAUCGUUUAGAAAAAGAAGAGAAGGAGAGGUUGGAAAGGGAGAGGAGAGAACUAGAAGAACAAAGACUAAAAGAAGAAGAGGAAAGACUUCAGAGGGAAAAAGAGGAAAAAGAACAUUUAGAAAAAGAAGAGAAGGAAAGGUUGGAGAGGAGAGAACUAGAAGAAAAAAGACAAAAGGAAGAAGAGGAAAGUAUUCAAAAGGAGAAAGCACAAAAAGAGAAGGAAAGAUUAGAGGCGGAAAGAGAACAAGUAGAAAAGGAAAGACAAGAAAAUGAGGAACUUCAGAUGAGAGCAAGAGAACAAAAAAAGACAAAGGAGAGAAACCAUCAGAAACAGAAGAAUGAGGAGGACAAGACAGAACUAGAAGCUCCUCUAGUUCCUCCAGCCAGACGAACACGCCGCUGCUCAAGCUCCUCUAAGAACUCUGAUCAGUCUGUAUCCUCACAACAGGAGGUGUCCAGCCAGAGGGGACGAGGACGAGGGCGAGGCAGGGGCAGGGGCCGAGGGAAACCGACAGCUGAUGAGCAACCCAUCAGUGCUAGACAGUCUAGCAGGAGAGGAGCAGUUGGUGCAGUUGAAGACACAGAGCAGGACUCCAAUUCAACAACCCGAUCCCGAUCCCGCUCCAGUUCUAGAAGUUCUGAAAGAUCUGCUCAUAGUAUCGGACCUUCGAACCAAGGGACAAGAGGAAGAGGCAGAGGCAGGAAGAGUAUGAAACUACCAGAACCAGAAGUUGUUUCCCAAGCUAAGACUUCUGGAAAAGGCAGGGGAAGAGGAGGAAGGCGUUCUGGUGCGGAGAAUGUAAAUGUCAGGAUGGACAAUGAGUGUGAACAAGAUGCUGAGGUGGUGGAAGACAACACUGCUGUACCCCAAACCAACAGCAGAGGUCGUAAGAGAGCAGCCAACACUAGCACAUCCCCUGAAGAGGCUCCUUCACCCACACCCAAGACUCCAAGGCGAUCUGUGGCUAGUCAGGCGCACAAGGUGUUAUUCACUGGGCUGACAGAUGAGGACGGAGAAAGGGUCGUCUCCCGGUUAGGUGGAAGUCUGGCGAAAGGAGUGAACGAUAUGACUCACCUGGUGACUGAUAAAGCAAGACGCACUGUUAAGUUUUUGUGCGCUGUUGCCAGAGGGCUGCCAAUUGUGACUCCUGAUUGGCUAAAGAAGUGUGGAAAAGCUGGUCAUUUCCUUUCUACUGAUGAAUAUAUUUUGAAAGACACCGAGCAGGAAAAAAAGUUUAGUUUCAGCCUACAGACGUCACUGCAGACUGCUCAAACUCAACCCCUUUUAAAGGGUUAUGAGAUUCACGUAACCCCUUCUGUGAUGCCGGAACCAUCUCAAAUGAAAGAAAUCAUCACCUGCUGCAGAGCACGCUUCCUCCCCAAAAUGCCCUCUGCUCACAAGGAGCGCACUGUGGUGGUGUCAUGUGAGCAGGACAGGGCACUUUGUGUUAAAGCAGUGAGUAUGUCAUUGCCCGUGGUCAGCACAGAGUUCCUAUUGACUGGCAUUCUGCAGCAGAGAGUUGACCUGCAGGCCUAUUCUCUCACUUCCUCUCUCAACACGUCCAAUCAGCCUACGGCCCCCAAAGCUGCUGCUAGGGGCCGAAGGAAGUAGUGACAAUGACAUAGGAAAGGACUUCUUGUGUAAUGCAUUUGUUCCAGUCUGUGAUUGAAUCGGAUACAUGGACAAUUAAGUACAGAUUGCUUAAGAUUAUAUGUGACACAUAAUAUCUCAGUUUUAUGAAGACAGUAAUGGGUUAGAUGAGAUGCUGCUACACUUGUAACCACACACCCACUGAUUUCUGUGAAUGUGAGAGCUGGAGAGGGUGUGAGGUGGAUGCCAAUGAAUGAUGAGUGUUAGUGUUGGGAGAAUGAGCUCCUUUCAUUUUUUAAUGUAUUACUUCAAUAAACGCUUUCAGAGCCAAAAUAAAGGAAAAUUGUGAGUUUUUGCCCC